AUGAACGAAGACCAUCCCUAUCUCCAUGUCGCCUCUUUGCUUCGGAAGAUUCAUCGUCAUCGUGGACCAUAUCUUAGCCCGGAUGAUCUGGAGAGUCUCGGCAUUAAGGUGUCCGGCAUGGAUAUCAAAACCGGGGCACCAACGGACUCGGGACAACAAUUCUGCACUCUGUAUCCAAGCAAAAAAUUUGACAAGCUCUUUGAGAAAGUAUCAGCCAAACAUUUUCAAGAUUUAGACGAGGGGUGUGUCUACAGUACAGCGUUUGGGAUUGGAACAGAGCUGAAUCACUGUUUACGAGAAAUGGGAGUGUUUUAUUGCUGGGACCCCUCAGAACGGAUCAUUGCGUACUGCGUUCGAUCAAGGAACAAUUCAAUAGUCGAGCAACGGCUGGGUAAUGGUGGCAGGUACCAGGGAGAGCCUGAGUUUCAAGCCAGAAACAUUUUCGAACCGUACAGAAAGUCCAUUCCUCAUCGAGGAUGCUCCGUAUUCGAUACAGCUGUUUCAGACGAACGGUUGCGGAAGAGUGAAGUGUUCUGCGCCGCCGGUUUGAUGGCAGCAAGGUUAGGAAAUGCCGACAAGACGGGUGACCGCAUUGUGCCUGUGUUCAUUUACUCUUUCUCCGGCUACCAGGCUCGUGUGAUUCAAGCACAUUACGAACAUCCUCGCUUCAUCAUCCGGAAAACAGAAAAUAUUGAGUUUGAAGAUGGGUCAGCCGACGACUUCAAACUAAUGCUGCGGUGGAUGAUGAACAUUCCAAAAGGGGAUGUCAAGAUGCCUCAUGGAGAAUCGAAAUGA